AUGAACUUUCGUGGGAAGGAUCACGGAAGUGUUUACGAAGAUUUCACGAAAAUUAUCGAGACUACGUGGCCUUCACCGAAGACGAGCGAUGGAGGAUGCGCACUUGACUUGAUCGGAACACUGACAAAGAGGAGGGAAAAUUUAGUUGUAGGAAUGGGAGGUUCAGACAGCAAACUAAAUUUUAGGAAGGCUGUCGUUCAGCUAACGACAAAAAAGACGGUAAGGCAAAAUGUCAUGAUACGUUUUGCGACGAAUCUUUUCAAAUUUCCCAUCGCAAGUUCGGAGUGUUGUCGUUUGCACCUGAUCAAUUGCUCGGUCAGUGGUCGCGAACUGUCUACACUGAUUUUGUUUUUAGGCCGUUGAAGCAACCGAUGACACGUUUUGGGAGCAAUUUUGGUCAGAAUCAUCGGCGAAUAUAAGUGAUGUCUUUACUUUAAUUCCUGGCUCAGAAAUAAGAUCUUUGCGAGACGAAAAUCCGUCAAAUUUGGCAACACUAUGUUAUAAGGUGAGUGGAAAAUACUGUACUUACGCUAAGCGCUUUGUCAACGUUCAAAAUUCGUACAAACUACUAAAAGCUUCCAAGAUUCUUUAUUGCAUGAUUUUAAAUUUAUCUCUAUGAUUAAUUAAUUUUCUUUUGUCUCAAACAGCAAUAGAACAGUAGAAAGUAUGACUUCGUUAUGCUUAAAAUAUUAUCGGAGCGCUCGUAUAAUAAUAAGCUAGCUUAAAUUUUUAUAAACUAAACUUGAAUUUUUUGCACUUGAUAUGAUUGACCACACAACAAGAAAGAAUCUCUUGUUAAGACAAAAUAAUAGUAAUGUCUUGAAAAUUAGUCAUCAGGAAGUGAAGUAUUAUAGGCAUGAAAAUAAUUUUAUGUAGCUGAAAGACUCAAGGAGUUAAAAGUUUUUUGAAAUCCCCUGCAAGAAGUAUGUGAUAAACCAAAACACUGAGUCUGUGCAGGUGUACAAUGAUUUUCCUUAUCUUUGGAGCUUCGGUGGAAUUAAGAGCUGCCACUUAAGUUAUUCUGCGAAAGUGACCAAUAAAUGUAUUGAUAUUUAAUGGUCUUUCUCAUGAUUUCCACUUACUCAACGGAAUAUUUUAGCAGAACUGAUCUUUUGAAACAUAAAUAAUUUACAAGCUCCCACUUUAGAUUUGCCCUGUUUAGAAUAGUUAAUUAAUGUUUUAAUUUUUUUCCUUGUGAAAUAUUAUUUUGAAGUUCAUAUUUGUUUCACCUCCUAAUGUGACAUUUAUUUAUUUAUUUUACAUAUAUUUGUCAUUCAUAUUUGCAAAAUAUGGCUAGUUAGCCUCUCAAAUCAUAAAAUGUUGUUAAAAUUUCUGUGCAGCCCAAGGAUUUAUUAUGCAGAAAUUGUGUACUUCACACUUCAUUUAUGACGGUUAUUUUUUAUAUCAUCACUAUGGUAUUGCUAUGGUCAUGAGGAUUGCUGAAUGAAAAAAUCAACUAUUACAGGGAAUAUAUGGAAAUGACAAUUAUUUUAGUCACUGAGAUAGACGUUAGUUCUAUCUUAGGGUUAGUUUUGGUAUGCAGGGUACAAAGAAAAUAUAUUUUCCAGUUUCCCCUUCUUGUAAAAUGCAAGUAUAGGGUGUAUUAGGUCAGAAACAUUUUCAACAGCACUGUUAAUUCAUUAUUACAUAACAAUCAUUCCCGAAGACCCGUCUCGGGGAUCAUUCAACAACAUUAACUAAGCCUGAGGGGAAUAAUGUUUUAGUAUGUACACACGAGGUGAUCUUAAGAGAAUCAGAAAGGAAACCAUUAAAAAAAAUAAAACGAUUAGUUUGAUUAGGGGAUGAAUUCAUGCAUGUAGCCGUUGACAGUAGAUGCGCAAAAGUUAGAUUUUUACAGUAUGUUCAAAGUACGUGGCAAAUCAUAGUUUUAAUCUUUUUGUAAGCUUUAGCAUCAAUGGUUUAUAGUGCGACCAGGAAAACCGUGAACACUUGAAAUAUUUCAGGAAUGUUUAUUGUGUGAUGACCAAUCACAGCAAAGAUCAGGACAUACGAACUAGCCACAAAACCACAAACUAAUUAACGUUCCUGCUUGCGUUUCAGUUUUCUCACCCCUAAUUGGCUUUUUUCUUGCAACACAAUUACAUUCCAGAAAUAUUUCUGAUGUUCACAGUUUUCCCAGUUUGAUUGUAAAAGAAAACGUCAAAGUUUAAAUUACUAUUCCUUCUGAGAAGAAACAUAGAGCUUUAUAUUAUUUGCUUUCGUCAACUAACCCUGAAUGAGAAAGUUUUUUUUUGUUGCUUCUUGCAAAUGUUGUCAACAGUGCCCAUGAUCGAGGUGAACGUUGUUUAUCUGUAGUGUUCUUUGCCUUGUUAACUUGCUGGCACGUACAAUUUUCGAAAAUAUUUGCAUCCCUUCCUUUUUUUCUCCAUAAGUGAAUUUGUAUUUAUUGGCAAAAUUGGUAUUGUGAGGAAAUCCCAAGUUCACAAAACAGUGACAAAGCAGCCUUGUUAAUUUUGCUCUGUAGUGGUAAACAUUGCUUCAAGUGUAUAAAAAAGUCAGGUACAGUAAAUCACUUGACAAUAAAUCAGGCUGUUGAAACACCAUGAAGUCUUUUCUUUCCUUCAGAAUCAUCCACACUAGGAUGUUCUUGUAUUGGCAAAAAGUUCUUACUCUGAAACUCUGGCAAAACAACCAGUUUACAACAGCGAUUUUGUUUUGCUUUAUAUUCACCACCUAGGUGUGAUAGUCUGUGAUAUUGAUCUAAUCAGAUUGCUUGAAUCACCAAGAGCAUUGAGUGUGUAUAUACUUAAGUCAAUUGUAGGAAGUGACUUUUUUUGCACACUGAUAUCGCCUACAUUUACAUGUACAAUCAUCCAGAUUGCUAGACAUUUUUCAGUUAUCACAUUGAUGUACACAGAACCACGUGUGAAAGUACUGCAUGGUUAAAUUAUGAAUGGGUUUUUUCUUUGUUUCAUAUUCAUUAGCAUACAUUACUAUAUACAAAAACAAUUAUGAAAUAAAAAUUAACUGUAAUAAAAAUAAACUACAACAUAAUUAUACUUUCCUGCAAAAACUGAAUGUAAUUAAACUGAACCAUUUUUGUUUUUAAAGAGAAACUUGGGUGUGUAAUAGUUUCCACAUUUCUCAUUUAUGUUUGUUGAAAAGUUGUUAUCAAGAAGGUGUUUUCUCAGCUAUACUAUCUAACUCAUACCAAAAAACAACAAUGGUGGACUUCCUUAUUAUAAAUCAUGAAAAUCAUGAAAAAUCAAUGAUAUUUAUUUGUCAACUGAUUUGUCACAGCAAUUUAGUUUAUCAAUUUUCACCCAUUUCUGUUAUCAGUCGAUAGAAAUCACCUGAUUGCUACCGAUUUUCAUUGAUUGACUACUCCAGGAACUUAAUAAGUUGUUUUGUGGCAUAGUAACUGUCUUUAACUCUGUUACUAUGCCUUCAAAUUGACGGCCAGUGUUUGCCAGUUUAGUUUCUCAAUAAACUUUGUCAAAUGUUGAAUCCUUAUGUUUAUCGCUCAAUAUUAUUCACGUGCCACACUUGUGAAUAGAGAGCAGAAGAUCAUAGAGCAGAAUGGCGCAAGUUUAUUUAUGACAUGUACUUGUAAAUAGGACGGAAGAUAACUAAAGGAAAUAUGAAAAGUAUAAUCGGAGAAUUUCUUUGUACGUAAUGAAUAAGACUUGUUGAUUUUUCCACUAUUCUCACAAAAGGUUGUGCUCUUAGGAAAAUUAAAGGGAGCCCAGUGCUCUUAACCUUUGAAACCUUGGGUGCCCAGCAUGUGAUUUGUAUGAAAAAACUAAGAUUUUCUAGUCACCUUACAGCAAAAUUUGGGUGCCAGGGGCCACUGGGUGCUGUUAGAGCACAGCCCUGUUACAGUUGAACCUUUCUACAGGUACUAGCGUCAACGUCCUCUUUACAGUGGCGUCUCUCCACAAUUGUCACUUACCUCUGUCCUCAAAGGUGGCUGUUGUAUGGACACUGAACAGUAUUUUGUGCUUUGUAGAUCACAUUAUAGGUGAUGGUUGCAGGAAUAUAAUGAUUAAUGAUUGCCUUCCCUUGGGUGGAGGUUAGAUAAAAAUGGUAGAUAGCCAGUAAGGCAUGUUACAUGUACUACAGUACAUGUACAGUUGGCUAAAAAUAUCACAUAUCCAGCAAUCUUGGUGGAAUUAUAAGAAAGUUUUACAACUCAAUUGUAAAACGCAGUUAAUGAAGCGUGACGCCCUCACUCAACAACAUGUAACGCAGUGUUAUGCUAUAGCCCUUAUCAAAUCUCGUAGAAGUUUACUCGUGGUGGGUAAAACUACUGGGUAGUACGUAAAAUCACGGCUAUAGCUGGGAAACUACUGAUACAAUAGCAAUCCUUGUUUUUUGUGGCAGUUGAGGCUAGUUUCUGAUGUAUCGCUCGUUUUGUAUGGCUAGUAAAAAUAAUUUUCCUCAUGCAUAUCUCGUGGAGCACUUUAGGUGCACGUUCUGUUCUGUAGUACAGUAUUUUUCAUUGGCUUACCUUGUGAUAGCACUCGGACUAUAAAAGGCCUAGUAAAAGUCCUGUGCCUCAUUCCGAGCUAUAUUGCGAAGUUGGUUACUUCAACCGUCCUAAAGUUUUGUAAUUCUCGUGCUUGUCAAUGGCUCGUCCGCGUAAGCAAGUUUCCAAUGGCCGCCCUCGAAAACAAAACGAUUUGGCUUCGCUUUCGACCGAAGUUCUACGCCUUCGCCUUCAAGCACUCAACCUUCCGAUCACGGGAGGCAAAGCAACCCUCAUCUCACGUCUUAACUUGGCAACGGGGACGAAACAGCCCCGCCCGACCUCAAAUUCGCAAGCCGGACGCGCCCGGACGAAACGUUUGGCACCGAAAAGUCGGCCGGUUAGGGCCACCUUAACCGCCGCUCCCGCAGAAUCCUCAACCGAACAAGCGGAGUUGGAGAACCCUGGUGAUGACUCUUCGAGCAUUGCGUCUGGUGGCGACCUCGACGAAAUCAUGGAGGAAUUUUCCUCGGACGACUCGCCCGAUCCUGUCCAAGCCGGCCCCUUUACCGCCGCUCAACUGGCCGCCAUACAGGACACCGUCAGGUCCUCGCUCGAUCAAGCGUUGCAGUCAUUCCCCUGGUCUCUAGGGCACGAUCAACAGCCUGGCACUUUCAACACUCUACAUCGCAGGCCAGGAUCAGCUGCCCCUGUGGGUCUUAACCGUCCGCUGGAGCAGAAUUUACAAGACAAAAUUCUCCGGGGUGAGUACAUCGAUUUUUCUUUGUUGCUCCCCGACUCGCUAGCUCGGCCCCAGGCCCCUGACAUCCAACUUCGGGUCGAUGAUUCAAUCCCAGGCUCCUCCCCAGUAACCAUGGUCCGCAAACGGAAACCUGUUAUUGACAGUUUUCAUAAGUGGUUAGACGCCUUCACCGCGUAUGCGUUGGUCAUUGUCGGCUCUCAUCCACGGCGAUCCCUUGAACUGUUCAAAUACCAGCAAAUCAUUAGUAGGGCGGCCUCCAAAUUCCAGGGUACCGCUUUUCUGGCCUACGACGAACAUUUUCGCCGCCAAGCCGCGAAUGACUUACGCAUUAGCUGGGACCAGGUGGAUAUCGAACUUUGGACGGUAACCUUCUCUGGCCUGGCUAAGCCUCACUGCCUUGUGUGUUCUAGCCCCCACCAUAGCCAAAGUUCCUGCCCCAACGCCGAUCCUUUCCGCCAGUCCUCCAAGAACGGCCCCGUCUGCUUCCGUUUCAACAGAUCAUCCGGAUGCCACUCGCGUCCCUGCCCUUUCCCCCACGUCUGCCGCCGUUGCCGAUCCGCAGACCAUUCCAUCGUCGCCUGUCCUAGCAGUUUCUCCAAGGCCAACCGCCGCUCAAACGGAUCCAGUAACACGAGCGAUCGCAGCAAGCGAUAAAGUCAAGCUCCAAGCGAGGAACAUUGCGCCACCGGUUUCUACCCCCAUUAACAUUGAUGUUUUAUCAAAGGAACUUUCUGGUCACCCGGAUAGUCAUUUUGUAGCUAACUUAAUUCAUUCCCUCCGUUAUGGCACACCGGUCGGUUAUACAGGUCCCCGUCAACCCCGGGUAUCCCGUAAUUUACAAUCGGCUGCUCAGCACCCAGACGUAGUCUCAUCCAAUCUGACCAAGGAGAUCGCACUGGGUCGCGUAGCAGGCCCCUUUCAGUCUCCCCCACUUCCUAAUCUCCAAUGUCACCCGGUGGGGGUAAUACCUAAGAAACAUUCUAACGAGUGGCGGACUAUUUACCACUUAUCCUAUCCUGAGGGCGAUAGUGUUAAUGACCAUAUACCCAAGGAUCCCUACACCCUUCAGUACGUUCGGGUGGACGAUGCUAUUCGCAUUCUUAAAUCCCUGGGACCAGGGUCGUUCAUGGCCAAAACCGACCUCAAAUCAGCCUUCAGGCUAAUUCCCAUCCACCCCGACGACUGGGAUCUCUUGGGGAUUCACUGGAACAAUCAAUAUUACGUCGAUCUUUACCUCCCCUUCGGGCUUCGCUCGGCCCCGUUUCUCUUUAAUCAAUUAUCGGAUGCCCUGGAAUGGGUUUUGAAGCAUAAUUAUGGGUUAAAACACGUAAUCCAUAUCCUGGACGACUUCUUUAUUGCCGAACCUACACGUUUAAAAUGUCUGUCCUCCUUUAGUACCUUGCUUCGCUUUUUUAUGUCGGUUCAUGCCCCGGUGGUCGCGUCCAAAACCCUGGGCCCCUCCCAAGUACUAGAAUUUAUGGGCAUAGAAUUAGAUUCUACACGCAUGGAGGCACGCCUUCCUGACGAUAAGCUACAGCGCACCCGGGAUUUGCUCACGUCCUUUACGAAACGCCGUUCAGUUCGCUUGGUUGAACUCCAGUCCCUUAUUGGCACCCUUCAAUUCGCGUGUAAGGCGGUCGUUCCGGGGAGAACUUUUUUGCAGCGAAUGAUUAACCUUACCCGGGGGGUUCCCAGCCGUUUUCACCAUAUACGACUCAACAAGGAAUUUUUUAAGGACCUUACCAUGUGGAAGGCAUUUCUCUCGGGUUGGAACGGGCGUUCCUUCUUCUUAGACUCUACCGUCUCCACCUCCCCAGACUUGGAGCUAUACACGGACGCGGCCAGUUCGGUCGGGUUUGGGGGUUAUUUUAAUGGUCAAUGGUUCCAGGGGAAAUGGCUCCCUCAUAUGCACUUAAGCCCCACCAAGGGUAUCAGCAUUGAAUGGCAGGAACUUUUUCCUAUAGUAGUGGCAUGCGCACUCUGGUUCCCGCAUUUUUCUGGGAAACGAAUUCAAUUUUGGUGCGAUAACGAAUCAGUAGUCGCCAUCAUCAACUCGGGCCAUUCAAAGGCCCCUCGGAUAAUGGACCUCCUUAGGUUCCUUGUUCUCCUUUCUAUGAAACACAACUUCUUUGUCAGGGCUCGCCACGUCCCUGGGGUAAAUAACGACAUCGCUGAUGCCCUCUCCCGCUUUCAGGACGAACGUUUCCGGGCGUCGGCUCCCAAGGCACAAAAAACCCCCUGUACCAUCCCGCCUUCUCUAAUGACCCUUUAACAGAAGAGGUGCAGACGUACGCAAAGUGGGGACUGGCGUGGACUACCAACCGUACGUAUGGGUCAGGUGAAAAGCGCUUUAUUCAGUUUUGCCUUUCAAACAGGCUUAUGUCGCAGGAGGGUGAUAUUCUCCCAGCUUCGGAAGGAACAUUGAUUUAUUUUGCCUCAUAUCUGGCUAGGACUGUGAAACAUAGUACUAUUAAGUUAUACUUAGCAGCUGUUCGCAAUUUACACAUUUCCUGUGGGCAUGGAGACCCCCUUUCGGGAAAAUUACUUUUGAAAAAGAUCCUCCGGGGUAUUUUACGCUACCAAGGUCAGUCACGCAUUCUUCGUCAACCCGUCACUCCGGGGGUUUUGCAAACCAUUAAGCCAAUUUUGCACUCCUGGUUGGGGGAUCACGACUUUUCUAUGGUCUGGGCAGCCUUCACUCUCGCCUUUUUCGCGUUUCUCCGCUGUAGCGAGUUUACCUAUCAGGGGAUUUCGAGAUUUCGCCCCCAGGUUGACCUGUCCACCGACUGUGUGUCCUUCCAUCCCAGUCUGGCUUCCCCGCAGCGGAUGUCUAUUUUUCUUAAGGCUUCUAAGACUGACGCCUUUCGCCAAGGGCAUACGCUUGUUAUUGCAUGCUCCACCUCACCGGUUUGCGCGGUGACCGCUAUGCGUGAUUACUUUCUCACCGCUCGCCCGCGUGGACCACUUUUUUCUUUCCGAUCUGGGCGUCUACUUACCAGAUCCGCCGUCGUUAACCUUCUCAGGGACGCCGCACGUCAAGUCGGUCUACCUUAUAACUCUCUCAAAGGGCACAGUUUUCGUAUUGGCGCUGCCUCCACGGCAGCUGCUGCGGGUUUGCCAGACUGGUUAAUUAAGGUUUUAGGCAGAUGGUCCUCAGACUGCUACCAACUUUAUAUACGUACGCCUCGGACUGUGUUAUUGUCCGCCGCUCCGAGAAUGGCCGGUGUGCCAUAUCUCUAACUUUUUCCAGGCUUGGGGGGAUACAUGCUCCGCACGUAUCAGUGGCGGUUUAAGUCUCACGGCGACUUCCCCAAGCUUUGAUUUUAACGCAAACUUUUAUAUUUGAUUGUAUUCCAGCACGUGCCGGCGGAGUCGGCUCGUAGUGCUGAUAAGAUAAAGUUCCCAGAACAAAAUAUUUGCCUACACCGUUCCAUUAAGUUGCACGAUGCUGGCCGGAGGUUUCAGCUCGUAGUGCCGUGGAGUGUUAGGCCGUAUUAAGUUUGUUUCUUUCGGACCUACCUGAACUUGUCCGAUCCGGCGCGUGUAAAUUAGCGCCGGGGAGAUAAGUAAGGCUUUAUGGUCACGCUAUGGAAGUCGUCCACCACGCCGAUCGCGGAGCGGUGUUCCCCCCAUUACGCCAUCUGUUUGUUGUCUUAUUUUAUUACAGUUAUUGUAAAGUCUAGCGAAAGGAACUACGACAUUAAUUUGUUUUAUUAUAUAAACACCACUGGAAUACCAGGUGAGCAUUUGCGCAGAAACAUGACCUCUUCACUUGUGAAUAUAACAUCUAAUGUUAUCUUGACAUGUGAAAUGAUCACUGUAUAUGGCUACAAAAUAAAUUGUGCCUUUCACAGCUAAAAGAUAUUAAAGUGAAGUUGUUUGGAAUUUCAGUGCUGUUUUUAUAAUAAAUAGAAUACAGUAAAACCCCACGUAUAAGAACCUAGAUUUUUCCAAGUCAGCCUGAACAGGAUCUUACAGUUGUAUAUAAAUGGUGGUUAACUUGAAAUCAGGCUGUCUAGGUUCUUACACAUUUUCAUGCUAGUUACAGGGAAUAAUAAGUAGAGUGCAAACAUUAAAGGCACAUAAAUCAUACAAAAUAGUGCUAAGUUAUGUUCAUGUUAUUGUUUUCUAUUGUGCUUUUUGAAAUGAAGAAGCUACUUUGAAAUUUCAGCCUGAAAUGGUUCUUAUGUGAAGGGUGCUUAAAAUGAAAAUUUCAGCCUGACAGGUUCUUAAAUUUUAAGUUCUUAUCUGUGGGGUUUUACUGUAUUACAUGGCCGCUUUGAGAUAUGAAAUUUCUCUUUUCGGUUGUUCGCUGUGCUUAGUUGUUAUAUAUUUUUUAAAACUUAAUGAGAAAUUUUCAUCUCUACAUGGCCUUGUAAUAUCUCCAGUUUACUAAAAACAAGCAGUAAGUACGUGUAUUCAUAUAUGUAAAUAUGUGUAAAUUCAUGUGUUGAGAAUGAUUAGAAGAUGAUUUAGAGUCCUUUUUUUCUCUCAGGCAUGAUAGUUAAUGACUGCUUAGUUUAUCAAAACUGUGGAGCUUCUUUGAUACGUGUAUGAAUAUUUUUUAUUUUAUUUUUGCUUCUUUUAGUGUGUUGAAAAACUUCAGAAUGCUACUUUGACAGGAUGUACAGGUCCAUCUGAGCAGCUCUCUGGUAUGACUUAAAUGGCCCUUAAUUUGUUAUUAACAGUCAUUCCACAAGUGCCCGUUGGAUAUGAGAUGGUGUAUAGUGAAUGAGGCGCGUAGCGUAAUUGUUUCAUUAAAAAUGCCCUCAAAAUAUUGAGAAUUCUUCCCAACUUUCGUUGUAAAAACAACCGAUUUUCAGCUUGUUUUUAAUUUUGAGCGGACGAGUACAGUUACCAUAUUUGGAGGGCAUGGUAUAAUGGCUCAUAUACCAUGAUGGCUAAGCCAAUCAAAGCUCUAGAAUUGCAAUAUCCAAUGAUUCAGUUUUUAAUAAAAUGAGUUAUGCAUCAGGUUUGGUACUUGAAAAGUUGGACCUCUGAAUCAAAGCUGUUCCAAAGUCGCUUCAAAAUCGAAAUUCCUGGCUGGGGUAGGCGGGAAGAAUGGCUGAGGAGUUCCAAAUUGAAAUGGGCAUUCUCAAUAUUCAGACGCCGAACUUUUCAUGUACCUACAGUGUAGUUUGGCUCAUGAAAAGUUAGGUAAAUGCAAAAAACAUAGAACACUGUUGCAUUUUUGAGAAAAAAUGAAAUAGUUAUGAAGUGGAAGGAUAAACAAUAACACUGAUAAAGACAGCUGCUGAGAUUAAUUCACUUGAUUAAAGGGUUUGAUAUAAUUUCUUUAUCAAGAACCAGGUCUGCCAGUCCCCUUUCAUCCCCACCCCCAUCCCCCGGUGGCACUUAUGACCCAUCCCUAUCGAAGGCACUUCCCUAAUUUACUACUACUACUAGUUUGAUUGAGCGUCUUAAAGUUUUUAUUGUCAGUGAUAUUAUUUUACUUGCUGUCAAUUAAUAUUAUGGUUGUGAAAGAAAAGCAACUUUCGUUGUCAAGUAAAAAAGUUUGUGUUUGAUUGUUUGCUGCAGAAAAAGCCCCUAGAGGCUGUUCAAACAGUAAGGUAAUAGACACUGCAUUUUGUGUUUAUGUUUUUCAGUUUUAAACUGUGUGCGGCUGCUGACGCGGUUUAUCCCAUAUAUAUUUGAAGAUCCAGAUUGGAGAGGAUUUUUUUGGUCUACUGUUCCUGGACAAGAUGUAAGUUGUUGGUAAAUGAAAGUUAUUAGUUUGAUAAAAUAUACAUUCAUGAUGUUUCCAUUCAUCCCUGCUGAUGCAUGGUAAUUUUAUGAAUGAUAACCUUUUAUAACAUAGCUAGAAUAUUUGCUUAAUGAAAUUCAGUAGCAUGAGCAUGAGUGCUACAUAUUUCCAUUGCAUUUUAAGCAUGCUGAUGAUGUCAAUAAACUAUACCUUGAGUUCUUGUGAGCUUAGCAAUCCUCCCAAGAUGUCUCCCAAGUGCAUUCAUCACUCAAUAGUACACAAUGAAGUGUUUACCAUGUGUUUUGUAAUGUAAACUUAACUUUUGAAUUUGUUAACUGAUAGUAGGGAAAAGAGGUGAGUGUAAUGUUGUUGUUGUCAUCUGUGAGAGCUGGGCAGGCUAUGAUGUUUGCAAAUCAUUCUUUGGAAAGUUGUUUCUCUCAAAGAAUUAGAGAAUUUUUCGGCAGUUUUCCAGCAGUUUUCCGGCACCUCAGUAUGGAUUUUACAAUGUUCUUUAAUGUUAGCUUAAGCGACUUGAGUAAACUUUCUCCCAGUUUCCAAGACAAAAAACACAACUGUAAGAUAAAAGACGCGUACUGCUUUGAGCCUGUGCUACAACAAUAAAAUUUUAAGUUAACUGCAGAAUUGAUCGCUUUGAUAAUGUUAUGAAACAUUUAGUUCAUGCUUCAGCUGUACGCAUGUUGAGAUAUUGAGCACUUGGGAAGUCUGGAGAGCACUCAAGAGGCUAGAGUAUUGAGUUGCUCUUGGCCAACUCUUACGCCUCUUUUGUGUUCUCCAAACUUCCUGUGUGCUUGAUAUCUCAACAUGCACACACUCAGGUGCGUGCACUAAUUGUUAAUUAUAUAAGCUGUUUCACCUAAAAUUUAACCAUGUCAACCAUGAAAUCCCCUUUAGAUUGGCUGAGCUACAAUGCAGUGAGAAAUUAAAGGGACCAUUGAAUAGCUUAAGACCUUAAGUAACGUUGUGGAUGUCAAAUUCUCCUAUUGUUUUCCAGGCAUAUUAAAGGCAAUUUGGAAAGAGAAUCUAGCAAAUGAAUUAUCAGAAGUCGCUGAAAGCUUUUUGUAGUGGUCCUGUCCAUUCUUGGGACAUUAUGAUGUACAUGUGUACUUGAAAAAUGUUUUGGUAUCAGUAAGCUGCGUGCAAAGAAAGUCCUGUCCAAUAGACCGGGGCUAGUAGAUUUUGCUAUUGGGCUAGUGAUUUUUGUUCUUAACUUGCCCGACAGGCAAGUGCUGUUUUGGGGGGAAAUUCAAAUUACAGAAGGAUUGUAUAAUCAUUAUCCUGCUAAUCGAAAAGGGUUUUCGGGCUAGCUUAAAUGACUUGUGGGCUAGUACAUUCUAGCUACAGCUUGUCCAAAUGGCAGGCUGUAAAACUGACUAAUUCUUUGCACCCUGAGUCAGCAAUAAAAAUACCAGUAUACACUGCUUAUAGAACUAUUUUUAUUCACAGGAAGAAAGUUUUCAUCAUGGUGAGGUAAGACUAAGCUGUGGCCUCAUGAUGCUCUGAAUGCAAAUCUCUUUUUGGCUUAAAUUAUUGUUCCCUUCAGUGCUGUAACUGUUUGGCACCAGCCUCUUAUUUGUCUUCCCUUCUACUGGGCCCCAAACUUUUAAUACCCCGUGCAUAUUUUACUGGUAAAAUCCAUUCUCCGGUUAAACCAACAUCCAGCUUCUUAGGGUUAGCUUUUCGCAAGGGUUCUAAGCCUGGUAAUCUAGGCUGAACACUGAAAAUGGAUUUUGCCUACAAGAUACUUGCCUCCAGUGCUACCCAAUAUGCUCCUACCCAACAGGGGAUAUUAAGCUAUAAUUUACUGUAUAAGACAAAUAUCUUUCAAUUUAUAGCUAUAGUGUAGGAAAAAAACACCUUGACAACUGUGGUACAUGUAGUUGGCCUUCCUGGGUACUUACGAAUGUAUUUUUUUUACAUCCAUAAGCUGUCUUGUUUUGCUGUUGUUUUUUUCCUUAGUUUUUGUUUGAAGUUGCCAAACUUUGUUUUUUUAAAAGGCUAUAAAUUUAUUGUCCCCAAUUUAUGAAGUCUCUAGAUCUUAUGCAUGCCCUCAGUCAAGUUCUACACUGAAAAAAGGCCCUAAAGUGCUCUAAUAAUAGUUAUUUCAAACAAAGAACUAUUCUUUCCACAGGCUGCUGAGGCCAGGCCACCUCUUGCUCAAACUUUGCUCAGUUCUCUUGCUGUGAGUACUGCAUAAAAUAUUCUUUUUUAUAAACAGAAAAAAAAACACUUUGAAAGGAGCAUUGCAACAACAACUGUAUUUAGGGGUCAACAUGCAGUUUUAAAACUCAAAACCAGAUGUUUCAUUUUAUACAAUGUAUACUGAAUAAACAGGGCUAAAUUGAAUACACUAAGGAAGUGACUGGAUCCAUUUCAUUUGUCUUGUAUGGCAGCAGGAAAUGGGUGAAAGUAAGAAUAAUGCAGUAUGUGAUGUUGAUUAAUUUUGUAAAGUAAACGCUCUAAGGCAGAAACUUGUCAUUCCUCAUUUCUUUACAAAAGCCAUCCGCUUUUUGGUCUAACCUAGUAUCAAUUUAACUGCUUAAUUUUUGUGCAAAAUAAUUCUGUAAAUGGUGAAAAGAUUAAUUUUUCAAUUUUGAUGUUUUAGGAUCUCUGCUUCUGUCCUGAAUUUACUGUUUAUCCGCCAAAGAAAACUGGACCUGUAAGUUGAGUGUUACUUGGAUUUUUUUCAAAUCACUUUUAACAUGCAGGCUUUAAGUAUAAUCAGUGUUGUUUUUAUUGAAUUUUAGGAUCAACCAGAAGACCUGUCAGCUAUUGACAGCUGUGAAUAUAUUUGGUAAGAAUUCUUGUGUUCACUAGGCUGGCAUGCAGAUAGUGCUGAACCACUCCUUCUUGAAGCAUUUUCACAUGACUUCACACUAGCCAAUUUGUGUUCUGAAACAGUGUAUCGAAACAACAGCCAUCUUGGUGCACCAAACUAACCCUUUUUUUGGUGGAAAUACUUUUCUGAGAGUGAAAAGGCUAUAAAUAUACAAAGUUUAGUUCGAAUCCUUUCUGUAGGCUGGGAAAUUUGAAUAUUACAGGUUCACGUUUGUAAGGCGUGACCAAACUCUUGAGGUAUUAAGUGAUUCACCGUAAGGUCUUUUAAAUUGCACUCUAAAGCAUUACAAUCCCAUGUUUGAGAGAAGGUCCUACUUUUUAGAACACUUUCACUUAUUAAUUGUUGAACUAUUUUUUGUAGAAGCAUUAUUUUGAAGACAGUUUCGAUCUCAGCUAAAAUAGAAGUGAACAAAUGAAUGAAAACAAAAAUGGCAGCCAUUAGCUACCAACCCCGAAUCUUAAGUGCCAAAUAUGAGCAGAUGGAUAUAACCUGAAACCACUAACUGUUUGCAGUGAGAUGGCCAAACAUCGAUCUUAAAGUCUCUCUUAUUGUAAUUGGGUUUGCUGUUGAUUGAGAUGUAACAUUACAUAAUUACUAAUAUUAAAGUGAAAUGGGGUUCUUGAGAUUACAAGUUUUAUGCAUACAUGUAUGUGCUGUCUACAGGUAGAUUUAAUUUCAACUAAAAUACGCAUGAUUUGUAUGCACAUGACAUAACUACAUCUAUCUUAAAAACAAGUCAGAGAAGCAAAAUGUAAUUUUUAACUUUUUUCCUCAAAAAUAACGAUACUAAUAGUGGGGAAUUAUUUGCAGGGAAGCUGGGGUUGGAUUUGCAACAUCUCCACCUGCUAACCCACAGUAUGACUGCAACAGAACUGAACUGUUAAAGCUGCUCUUAACUUGUUUCUCUGAAGCUAUGUACCUCCCGCCAACAGGUUGGUUUAGGUUCAACACUCUUUUAUCCAAUAUUUACUAGGCUCUCUUCAACAUGAACCACCAGAUAUCCUCCCUGUGUCUUUAGUGACUUGCUCAGCAUUGCUUAUCAGGUUCAAUUUGUAUUUCCCUUUUUGUGUGUGUUUAGUUUUGUAUUAGGUGUUAGUAGAUGUUUGAUUAAAACAAGUAAAGUCCUGAGCAGGUAAUAAUUAUGUAUGGGUCAUCAUUUGUUCUUUUCGAAGUUUACUUCCUUUGUAUAACGUAACGACAUGUAUAACGUAUUCUACAGACUACUAUCAACAUCUUACUUUAGAAAGCUGGUUUACUAACUUAGAACAAAUGCCACUGAAUCGUAGCCAACAGUUACCAGCGCCAUACAAACGACUUAUUGACGAGAUGAAGCAAAACUAACUAUGAGAUGAGAUGAAGAUGACUACCGCACAGUUUGUCGAAAUGUCAGUUACUGGCAACAACAACAAUCCUAUUCAGGACUUUGUUCACCCGGACGAUCAAACUCAACCUACUUUACUUCCUUUAUUGUAAAUUGUCAUGUUGUUUUGUACAGUUAUGUACUUUCUUCAGUACGUGUAGUUUUAUUAUAGCCUCUAUUAUAUAGACUCUUCAAUUCCCCGCCUACAUGUACUUAUUGCAGAUACCUGGCAACUUGAAAUUUUAGCGACAACCCUGGCUUACUAGAACAUAAUUAAAAAGUUUUGAUUUUGCUGUUUCUUGAAUUUGCACAGCUGAGAACCAUUGCAGGCCAAAUAAAUGGCUUUCAUUUUUCUCCUCUUCUGGAAACAGGUGAGGACUACAGUACUGUAGUUUAAAUUUUGUUUUAAAUGUUUACAGUUUUAGUAUUUUUCAGAUGUGAAGUUCAGGAAUUCUAACAGUUUAGAGCCAUUGUUAUCUUAUGUAUGUUACCAGUCUUUAUUUCUAAUAAGAUUGCAAAACUGCAGUCAGUUUAACUGAGCCUUAUAAUUCCAAUAUUUUUGCUAUUUUACAGACAUGCUCUUCCAAUAUUCACCUCUUUGUUAAAUCUUGUGUGUUCCUAUGAUCCUGUUGGAUAUGGAGUGCCGUAAGUAUUGUACAAUUUUCAGUUUAUUACACAUUUAGGGAAACAAGUCAUGUCAUUUGAAAAAGAAAGUGGAGAAAUUAUAGUUUUAUUGCUAUGGUUACUAAGGACCUUUUAUUCAAUUAGUAUUCAGCGUCGUUUUUAGACUGUGAGUGGUUGUUGAAAUGAUAUUUGGGGUGACUAUCUAUUAUAAACCAUGGUGAAUGCUUUCUCCAACAGUUCACUGACAAAAUACAUUUUGCGUUGUGUUCUCAAAGUUUUUUUUUAUCCUUAGUGAUUCAUGAUUGCAGUGUGAAAAAAGUUCUACAAUUUAUUAUAGGUAUAGGAUUUAAUGGAGGAGACACCAGUGGGAAAUUGUACCCAUUUUAGUCAUUUUACUGACAAACAGUUAUGACUUACAGAUAUUUUCAAGAACAACAAUUUGCCAUAUUUUCCAUUUCGAAUGUUAAACUUUUCUUUUCCUCACAAGAGGAUGUGUGUUUUUUUUUUUACUUCUGUACUUUUCACAAAGAUACACUAUCCCUCUCAAACUCAUUGAUUAUUCACGCAGUCAAAAGCCACUAAGUAAUGACAAUUAUUGGGUCUGCUGGAUGAAUCUUGAUACGUAAUGAAACACCAGAUAAUACACUACCAAGGGUCAAUUUAAUAAAACCUUUACAAGUGUAAUUGACAAUUGUGGCCAUCAUUUUGGAGUCUGAUUACAAAAGCUUCACUUGUAAAUUACACUGUAAAAGUUUUAUUAAAUUGACCCCAGGUUUCCAUCUGAGGUCAAACAUGUUUUUCAUCCAAGAGCAGACACUUCAAUGUAAAUAUGUUCUUUUGGUGAAUGUAGUGCUGCAUAAUUUAUCAUUGGUUAAUUUUGAGAAAUCAUGUCACUGCAUAAUUUUGUUAUUGUUUCUCUUGAGAAGACAUGCAGGCUUUGUACUUCAUCACUGGUUCCAAACACCUCAAAACAGAAAAAAGCACUUGGCCUACGUCCUUGUGCUUUCAUCUUUUUCUCAGUGUUUGGAACCUGUGAUGAAGCACUUAUUUUCCUUUCGGACAUCCUGUAUUACUUCACUUAUAGUUAAAUAAUGAGUUUAUCACACUGGUUUGUACAUAUUUUACAUGAAGUCAUUUAAAUGAUUGUAUUUGUUGAAGGUAUAACCAUCUGAUGUUUGCUGAUUACCGUGAGCCCCUAGUGGAGGUAGCUGCUCAGUUGCUUGUAGUUUUAUUGGAUCAUGAAACAAUCCAGCAGUCUGGGGUAACAGUAAAUGGCACUGAUGCUGAGCACUCUUUUGAGGUGAGCUGCAUGAGAUAUUGCACUUAAAUCAGAGACAUCUUCACCUGUUAUGACAGAUAAUCAUGAGGGGCUUUGGGGAACAGUGAGGACACAGUGCUUGAAGUGGCCUUGCACCAAUAAUAUUUGGAUCAGGUUUGAGUCCUGGCAUAUCAAUGCCUUUAAUACGGGUUGAGUUUGGUGUUGGCCCUGAGAGAUUUUUUUUUGGGUACUGCAGUUUUACACUCUCCUCAAAAACCAUCAUUUCAAAUUUAACUUUUAUCUGGAAGUGUCUCCAAAUAGUUGGGGACACCUAGACGGCCACAGGGUUAUCAAUUCUUGGAAUUUUAAAGGUGUCACCCUUGCUAUAUAAUGUUAGUUCUAAAUUAUAUGUGACAAUUUGUUUUAGUGCCUUAAAGUGUAAAUUGCUUCAACUAAGCUCUGCUUCCUAUCCAGCAGAGAGGGGAGGGUGUUCCAUUGGUUUUGGUGGUGGUGAAACCUCUAGGGGCUAGUCCAUGAUUUUUUGGGAGGCUGUGUGAUGCAGGGACCUUGGAACCCUGAGUGUAUACCAUGGUCAGCUGCAUUUUUGUAGUCCUAAUCAAGUCUUGAUCCAAAAAAGUGCUCCUUUCUACAGACUUUUCAAGUCUCUCUCAAGUCAGUUUGCUUCUUUUUACUGUUGUUAAUGUUCACCCUGUGAAUCUUGUAACUCAGAAUUUACACCAAUAUUGUACAUGAACAUGUGCCAGGAAAUGCUACAGUGUAGUGAUAUUUUACACCAAACAGGCAUUAAUUUUCAAAGUAGUCAUUUAAAGCUAAAUAAUAAUAUACUGCAUAUUGCAGACAGUUCAUCAAAGUCACUCAUUCAGUACAUAUAUAUAAUAAUAUCAUUUGUGUGCAUUUUGUAUGAUAUUUUUUAGGAAACUCCAGUGGACAAUCUCUUUUGCAACUAUUUAUCUAGAAUACACAGAGAAGAGGUACUGACAAGCUAUCCAUUGUGUAAAAUUUGCCUUUUAACUUCAGUGAUUUUUCUUCUAUAAGCAAAAGUUGCAUUGGUCAGUGUCUUCCGUUGUGUAAGUUUUAUUUGUAAUGUAACCACUAAACUGGUACCAUUUUUGUGACCUUGCAGGAUUUCUACUUUAUUCUUCAUGGUAUUGCAAAUUUGCUCAACAAUCCACUUAUUCAAGUAAGUGAGUCUUAACAAGUUUAACGGUGUUGAUUAAUUUAAUUUCUAAUUGGCAUGACAUCGUUUGUGAGUUUUAAUUCCCCUCUAAACGGGCUUGCCUGAGAAAUUCUUUAAAGGCGAUGCCAAAUCUGUGUCUUUUUAUUAUGACUUAUAAAAUGGCUAUAAUCUCGUCAGUGUUAACAUUUUUUUGUCCUUUUCAAUUUCAGACCUACCUUCCAAAUUCUUGCAAGAAAGUGAGCUUUCACCAGGAAUUGCUUGUUCUGUUUUGGAAGAUGUGUGACCAAAAUAAGGUACACGUUGCAGGUUGAUUUUAUCCUUGAUUUAAAUGUAUUUUCCUCUGUUUUUUGGUAUGUUAAUGUGUGAUAAUCUAGGUUAUAACAAAAAAAUUUCCAUGUACACAUUUAACUUUGUCGUUGGUUCACUCAAUAAGUGAGGAAGGUAUUGGAAUUAUACUUAGUGAAUUGUAAUAAUUUGUAUUAUUGGUUUGUCUGUUUUUUGUUUGUAGAAAUUUCUGUUUUAUGUACUUAAGAGCAGUGAUGUCCUUGACAUCUUGGUUCCAAUACUCUACCAUCUGAAUGAUGCACGGUCUGACCAAUGUAAGUAAUCUCCUUGGGUUGGUGUAUUCAUAGUUUCUUGGGCCUGUUAUAUAUACUCGAUACUGCUGAUUAUUUACAUUCACCUAGUGAAAGUAAAGAAGUAUACCUGCCAACUCUCACGCAUUAUGUGUGAGUCUCACGUCUGCGGACCAAAGACAUCAAUCUCACGCAUUAGGGACAAUUUCUCAUGCCUGACCCACAUAUCCAAACGAAUUGUUCCUGAACAUAUGAUCAACAAAAAUUCUAUUCAAUGCCUGAAAAUAUUCCAAAAAGGCACUUAAUAUUGACUUGAUGUCCUAACUGCAUGUAUCACAAAAAUUGUUGCCCUUCAAAUUGUCUCGGAAGUGUUCAAAGGUCUUUGGAGCAUUUGUACAUUUUCAGCAUCGUUUGGAAGUUUGUUAAAUCGUCGAAAAUCUUCAGAAGUUGCUGGGGCAUUUACGGAAAUCCCGGUCAUGACAAGAUGAAAAUCUAAAAUGUGCAUUUGACUCAGAAAAAGUUGGCAGGUAUAAAAAGGAGAUGGAGAACAGUAAUGUAUAACUUGUAAAUACUGGUGGUUAAAUUACAAAUUAAUAAGGUGUUGUGAGCAUUCCAAUUUGUGGUAUAUCACACAGUUUUGAGGCAACAGAGAACAACUCUGUGAUAUACAUGUAUCUCAUUAUUUUGAAGUAAGGCCUGGUUCAGAUGCCAAACUUUUCAUGAGCCGAGCCUAAUACAUCGAAUUAAGUACAUGAAAAGUCUGAAUCAAUUAGGAACACCUGUUUCAAUUUGAAAUGGCUCAGCUGUUUUUUACGCCUAGCUUGGCCGAGAAUUUCGCCUUUGGAGCGACUUUGGAAUGGCUUUGAUUCAGACGCCAAACUUUUCAUGUACCGAACCUAUAUUAUUAUAACGUAUUUUGUAAGCAGAUUGACCGAAAUGAGCAUUUUUCACCUUUCGAACUUAGUUCAGCUGCAAUUAAGAUUGACGUCUGAAUCAGUUCAGCCAGUCUAAAUAAUUAGGUUCAGCUCACGAAAAGAUCAGCGUCUGAACCAGGCCUAUCAGAAAUGUGUGUGAUGUCUCAUGGUUUUAAUGAGAAAGUGAGGCAAGUGAUAUUUAAUAUGUGUUUUGUAUUUCCUUUGUCCAGCACGUCUAGGUUUGAUGCAUAUAGGGGUCUUUAUAUUACUACUGUUAAGUGGUGAAAGAAAUUUUGGUAGGUUUGAAUCUGAAUGUCAAUCUAUUAUUUGUUAAAUUUUAAUUUGAUAUUAUGGUUACCGUAGUUUGUACAAGGUACACUGUUAGACUCUUUGUGAAAACUACUUUUUUUACAUGGUAUGUCAGCACUAAGAUCGGGGUUCAUCUUAAAGUAAUAAAAGUGAAUCAUCCACUCGGUUAGUAUGCGUUAUUUGGAGGAUCCACUCUUCACCUAAUUCUUUAUAAUUACUUUAUAAUUUAUUAAUUAAUUCUAUUAUGCUCAGUUGUAAUUUUCAAUUUUUAUUACUUCUCUUACUGUGCCUGUAUUGUAUUCUUGUUCUUUGAUUCUUUGUUUAGGUCUGCAUUUUAAAACUUAUUGCCUGUUUAAUAAUGUUAAAUAUAAAUAUUUUAUUUACUUUGUAAAGCACUAUUGAUCAACAGAUGCAAAUAGUGCUAUAUAAGUUAUUAAAUUAUUAUUAUUUGUUAUUAUUAUGAUUAUGAUUAUUAUUGUUGAUACUUGAUAGGUGUUCGUCUUAACAAGCCAUACUCAGUUCGAGUACCAAUGGACAUUCCAGUGUUCACAGGAACUCAUGCAGACUUUCUCAUCAUUGUAAGUAAAACUGUACCUACAAUGCAGUUACAUGUAUUAUUAAAAACAGAUGUUGAUAUAUCCUGGCUGGGUAAUUUAUUGUCAAUUUCAACAGUGGUGGCCAAAGAUUGUUUUUUGAAUUUUGCCAUUUUGCAAAAUAAUUUAAAGUACUUACUAAAAAUAGUUUUAAUGGUAAAAGAGGGUGACGCUUUAAUACUACAUAAUUAUAUGUGAUUUAAUUCUUGUGGCUUUGUAAACAGAGUAAAACCUUAGCUUUAACAUGUUUUAAGUCCAGUUUUAUCAUAUAUAACAAUUACUUGUUGUUGUUUUUUUCCAUUUGUAUCCUUCAACAUUUUAGGUAUUCCACAAGAUCAUAACUAAUGGUCAUCAGAGACUGCAACCACUGUUUGACUGUCUGCUAACUAUUAUUGUAAAUGGUAAGAUGACAAUUUAAACUUUCAAGGUGUUUAUCACUUCUGUAUACACAGUACUGAGCUUGGUGGAUAUUUUAUACCAUGCUUAUUUCCUCAUUUCCAUGUUAAUUAUCUUUUCAUUGUGCCCUUCCACUCAGCCUGCACUGCUUAAUAAUAAUUUUGACUGUUUUUAGGAUUUUAAGAGAGAAGCAACAUUGCAAGUUUGUUCUUUCUGAAACAGAAAGAAUUUAUUUAUUUGAUUUGUUGUUGUUGUGUCCUAGCAAUUAAUCUGAUACCAUAAAGAUCCUCGUAUUCUGACCUCAGGUUUGUAUAAAAAAAUCAAUGUCUGCCUUUCCUUUCUAGUUUCUCCUUAUUUAAAAUCCCUAUCAAUGGUGGCUGCAAACAAACUCCUUCAUCUUCUGGAGGUAGGUAAACUGGAGCUUUUGUGUUUGAUGUCAAUAUUAAACAUUGAAAGCACUCAACUCUAUUAUGUCCUAUGAGUUCCCUAAGCUGACACCCGUUCCCUGUAAGGGUGGGACUUGAACUUGGGUCCUCUGGUUACAAGUCCAGUGCUCUAACCUCUUGGUCACCCUACCUCCUCUGGAUUACUAUUAGAUCAGGCCAUGUGUUAAAAAAAGUGGCUAAUAUGGAAGGUUUCAAACGAUGAAAACGUUUAACAGUCGCUUCAAAAAGUGGCUGUAGUCUCUUUUUACAGGGUUGAUUUAAGAGAGGUGUCACCCUGUUUAGUCAUUUGAGGGAGACAAUUUAGGGGUUUUGGCUUUGUGGUCACUUACAAGAUAGUUAACUGACUCACAGGAGUUAGAGGGUUACCAAAGUAAAUUUUCCGAUCAAAAUAUUAUUGAAGAAAGUUAAGUCUAAUUUGUUGUUCCUUGCAGGCAUUUUCCACUCCGUGGUUUCUCUUUUCCAAUGCAACUAAUCAUCACUUGGUUUUCUUUUUGCUGGAAAUAUUCAAUAAUAUUAUUCAGUAUCAGUUUGAUGGUAUGUGAUUAAAGAAUAUUUUUAUGUUCAUUGAAAGGCUAGAUAGUAGGAAAACUGUACGGAGGUUCUUAGGAAAGAGUUUCAUUCUUUGUCCUGGUUAUUUCAAAUGCCUAUAAUAUUACUUAAUCCAAUUUUGAAAGGUAACUCAAGAUUUCAUUUUUUUUCAAUUUAUUACGGUGUUUCCAAAUAAAACAUUACAGUCAAACCCCUAUGCCACUAAUGGCCACCUCUCCACAAUGGCCAUUUUUUUUGGUGGACAGUCCAUACAUUGACUGAUUUCAUUUCUUUCAAUUACAGUGUUUCCAAAUAAAACGUUACAGUCAAACCUCCACUAACAGCCUCCGCUCUACAACGGUCACUUUCUUCUGUUCCCAAGGUGGCCAUUGUGGAGAUGUUCAAUUGUAGAUAGAUUGAUCAAUGUUGCGUAAAGACACCACCUAGCUAUGUCAAGUCCCAAGGGCUUAAAAAUGACAUUGCAUUUUUUGGGUGGACAGUCCAGUAAAUUCAUUCUUGCUUCAACCUCUCUACAAUGACCACUUUCUUCUGUCCCCUAGGUGGCCAUUGUAGAGAGCAUGACCCUGAGCUACUUUCACAGGAACCCAAAAAGAACUUCCUCGCUGUUCAAUUGUCUGACUAAUAAUUUUAUAUACUAUGUCUGUCUCUGUUUUUCUAGGGAAUUCUCAUCUUGUUUAUGCGAUUAUAAGGAAGAGAAAUAUCUUCCACCAGGUAAGUUCGUUAUCAGUUUACUGGGGUUGAGACUGUGGAAGAUGGGGCGAAACCUUAGUAGUAGCUACGAGUGAGGCCUAGAAUACACAGUGAUGAUGGAUUUCUUCGUUAAUAAGUCAUGUACGUAUCUAAGAAGACAUCCACACCAAUGCAAGGGAUGCUAACGUGGUAUUGGAAGCAAGAACAAAAAAAGUGAUGUGGCCUUAGUUGCCUCCCUAUACCUGGGAUGAUUCUAACCCCCAAGCUAAUGUGCUUGAUAUAAUAAUAAUAAUAAUGAUAAUAUAUUAUUAUUAUUAUUAUUAUUAUUAUUAUUAUUAUUAUUAUUUGUUGUUGUUGUUGUUGUUGUUGCUAUUAAGGUAGUUUAAUUUUUUGUGUGUAAUGUUUUAGUUAGCAAACCUUCCAACUGAUCCAGCAACUGUUCAGAAACCAAGAAGAUCAAGAAUAACUUCUCAAGGUUCCGAAAAGUAAGUUCAUUAGUAUUUAUCCUUCUCCUGAAACACAUUCAGGAUAAUUUUUUGUGACAGAUGGACAUUGUUCGUAUUGGUUGGUACAGGGGCCGGAUGAGCAAAUUUUUGUUUGUUUUGAUAGUUGUCGUAAGUUCCCCUCUUUGGAAAAAGUGAACGUAGCUUGUCCACUUGAAUACGGACCACCCUCUCCCUUCAUCCCCAAAGGUUUUGUUUGUGUUCAGCUGGAAAAGUGUUGCUUAGAUUGCCGUUGUGUCGUUUUGCAGGGAUGCCCGCACAUCAAGUAGUGAUGGAGAGGAAAAGAAGCCUGCAGCCAGUUCUUCAGCAUCUGGUCACAUGCCUGAAAUGUCUGCAGACAGUAAGCUCAUGCCAUUGUAACAUUCUGAAUGUUCAGUGUUAAAUGGUUCUUUGGACAGUGAUGUGGUUGAAUGAAUUGAAAUUACAUACCAAGUGUAAAAAAAUUUCAAAUGUCUUUGUGUAAAAUCCGAAGAAGUAAAUAGUUCUAUGCUAAACUUCUGAAAAAGGGGUUUCAUUUGAAUGGUAACACCACAGGACAUCGUCUACAGGUUACAAAGUCAAAGUGGUGACGAAUAAUCUCUCCAUAACCUUGGUCUAGGAGUGAAGGGGUUGACUUACCUGCAAUAGGCAAAUUGACAAAGCACAACUGGGUCGCCGUCUGACCUGAUUUGUUUUCCUGUAUAGUGUCUGUGAAAGAAAUGCGUAGUCCUGGCAGUGAUUCAGAGUCCAGUGAUGUAGAGGCGCGCUCCACAGGGGAGGUGACCCCACCCAGCACCCCUGGAACAUUACGUACAGAGAAGAAAUCCAUUGGACGGUCUGCAUCUGUCUCUAGCUCUGGACCUUUUGUGGCGACACCUGAAUGGGUACUGCUUAUUUUAUUUUUCUUUCUCGUCACACGUAGUUGUUUUUUUCCCUCAACCUUAUUAACAGUUGGGAGAGAAAACAAAGGAUAUUGCUAUCGAGAAUGGAUUUUGAAUAAAAGGUAGUAAUUUUGUAACAUAUUGCUAACUUGAGCUUAGCAUUCCUUCGAGAAUUAUUGGUUUAUCUUCUGCCGUUCCUUGUUUUAAGCACCCGUUAAAAACACCACCUUACACUGUAUUACGGCAACCCAUGCAAGAAACAAUUACUUCUUUUUCAAUCAAACAAAGGACGCGGAGAAUAGUUGUAUGGAACUGAAAUUCCAAUUAAUAGGCUGCUUUAGCAACAGAACGGGAACGUUAUUUGACAACGGGAAAGUGCGCCAAAAGGACUAAACUUGACUUUCGGUGCCCAAUUUGCCGCUCUGCUAUUGGUCAAACCAGUUGUUUGAUUUGCGCGCGCCGUCGUCAACUAACGUUUCCGUACUGUUGCUAAAUCAGCCUAAUAUGCAGGACAACGUUUACCCUUGGACCUAUUAAUUGAGCUACAUUUCCAUAGAAGACCCACUAUUAGUUACGGAUUAACUCAAUAUUUAGCGGUUAAAGAACUAUUUUGUUAUUUUCACAUUAUUUUGCAGGUACAAUCUUGGAAACAGAAGCUUCCACUUCAGACCAUAAUGAGAAUGCUACAAGUGUUGGUGCCUCAGGUAGAGAAGAUUUGUAUUGACAAGUAAGUUGGCUUUAAACUCAUUUUGAUUGCAUUUCAACAUAGUUGUUCAGCUGUUCCUCAUGCAUAUGAACUUCAAGUAGCUGUAGAUAACUGCGGUACAGUUGAAGUUCUCGUUUUGGUUACCUCUGUAAUUACGGACUUUCCUGUAAUAGUCACUUUGGCUUUUCCCUCGAGUGUCCAUAUUAAAGGUCUUGACUUCAGAUUAUGUUUUUGAAUGCGCUAGCUUUUCUGUCCGGAUUCAAAAUUUCCACGUCCACACGUAUCCGUAUUCAAAUAGAAUUUGCCCCUCCACACGUAUCCGACAAGUAUUUGGAUUCACUGUAGUACCCAAGACUUCACGGGUAAUAUUGGCAACAGAUCUUGCAUUGUAAAGAUGGGUAAGAGAGAGACGCUUGAAACAAGGUUGCCAUCUUGAAUACAGUAUUCACGGUAAACAACUGGGCUCAAUCUUUUUAGGUCACCGGACAAAAAAAAAUGUCCGGAUCUAGCGUCCACACGAUUCCAGAUUCAUAGCGUUUUCAAAAAUUUCCACCCUGGAGAGCGGAUUAAAAAAGUUGCGGAUUCGUCUGUCGGGUUCACCGGAUACUUGUGGACAGAAACCGUAUCCGGAAAGAAAAAGUUGCGGAUUCAAAAAUAUCCUGAUACAUGUGGACGUGGCCUAAAACUAUGACCAGUAAAAGCUGCGCGUGUAAAGUUAGCUUCUACCCAGCUGUUAUUUGUCGCCUCACGCUGGCCUAGUCCUUUUAUGGCAUCUUCCCAGGCUAUCCGGUCAAUGCAUACCACGUGACCUUAAACGUAUCAGACAAGGCAAGAGUCACGAAAUGUUUCUUUCAAUACCCUGGGUACCAGAGGUUUUUCUUUCGUGUGCGACGUGCGGUGAGAAGCUUCAUCGGUUACAGGCCGAAGCCACGAGCGGCGAGGUCACUAAGAGGACUUCACCGAAACCGGAAGUUGCGCAAGGAAAGCCUCUGGCGCCGAGGAUGUCCUCGGAACCGUGUAAGAACAUUCGUUAGAGAAAAAGUAAAUGUGUGAUAUGCGAAGCCCGCCUUGAUGCAGUAAGUUAUUAAGUUGAACAAAAAACCUAACCUGUACACCCCUGCUCUGUUCAAUUUACCUUACGCCUUGUUGUAGCCCGCAAUCAACGCGAGUCAGCUGUCCUUUUGGAGAAUAACAUCAUGAGAAUUCACUCGCGUGUGGUACUCUAAAGGAGACACUGCCCACUCGCGCGUUUUUUCGCCGAUCGUUUCGCUUGCCCCUCGAGAUGGGAAACCUUACUUGCAUGUGCAAAUGGAUGAACAAUGUUUGCAAACUUGAGAUGAAAUCCUCAGAUUUGAGAUAUGAUCCAGGCGGUGUUGUAAUCAGAUUAUCCAAGUGGAGAAUCGUUGAGAAGAAAAAAAACGCGUUGUAAGCUGCAUGGGACGGUAUCCCAUCCAGGAAAGAAAUAGAUAUGUAUUUCCAAGUUGGUGGUAAGUGUUUUUAUUAUACAUGUGUUUGAUGUGUUUGCAGGGGCUUGACGGAUGAGUCUGAGAUUAUCAAGUUCCUUCAACAUGGUACGCUGGUUGGGCUUCUACCAGUUCCACACCCAAUAUUGAUCAGAAAGUAUCAGGUAAAAAUUAAUAGUGUCAUGCUACUUCAGAUGUUCAAGGAAUAUCUUCAAAAUUUUACAAUUUCUUUCUUCUGCCAUUAGAAAAAACUGCGUUGAUUUCGUGCACCUGUACCUUUCCAUUUAUCAAAAUGAGCUCUCGCCAUUUUUGGCCUACUUACUCUAUCCUGUUUAAGGUCGGCUAUGUUCACACAAUACCAGAUAGCUAACUUGCCCACCUACCCCUCCCCUAACCCAACAUUUUGCCCCAAGUGAGACGCAAAUGUUAACGUUGAGUUAGGGGAGGGGUAACUGGGCAGUUUCCCAGAAACCUAAAUAGAUCCGCUAACUUUCGGGUCGGCACGCAAACCAUACCGGGUAGGGAUUCUGUUUACACAUAACGACGGUGAUUUCGGCGCGAUUUCUGUAACGGAGCGAAGCUGCUGCACCGCGCCGAUCUCUAACUCGUUGAAGUGGAGAGUCACAUAAAUUAUCGGAUAGGUGUUCAUACCAUACCCGAUAGCUUUUCGCGUUGGUACGAAAAGCUGUCCGCUAUAGUGUGAACACAGCCUAAAGCUAACUCAUGCCCGGUCGUCUCUCCAAGACGCGGAGGAUGAUGGGAAGGGACUCCAGCGAUUCAUGAAAUAGGCCACUUCCGAGUUCCAAAAACCCUCACCUUCAAAAUGAGGCCAAGUGCACAACCUUUCUUGUGCAAAUGAGUUUUAUUUGCGUGAGAAUGAAAAGUCAUUUCCAUAUCAAAGGCUGAGCACUUAACCCAGUUUUUUGAUACAGAGGCCUUGGCGAACUCGGAAAUGGCUUAUUCCUGUUAAGCUGAUUUUGUGUGCCCGAACGGAAACUCACCUUAAGUGAAGGGAAACGGGGAACAGGACAUUAGUUCAAAAGUAGGUUGAGUUUGAUCGUCCGGGUGAACGUAGUCCUGAAUAGGAUUGUUGUUGUUGACAGUGACUGACGUUUCGACAACCUGUACGGUAGUCAUCUUCAGAGUCAAAGUGAGUUGUAUCACGUGAUACAACUCACUUUGACUCUUUGACUACCGCACAGGUUGUCGAAACGUCAGUCACUGUCAGCAACAACAGUCCUAUUCAGGACUACGUUCACCCGGACGAUCAAACUCAACCUACUUUUGAAAUGACUCCUGGAUUCAAAUCUUUCACAGGACAAUAGUUGUUGGUCAAACGUCCCGAUCGGGAAUAUCGCGGCGAGGGGAAACUUUAAUGCUGUAAGAAUAUUACAGUUCCAGGAUCUGUGGAUGAGUGGUUCAAUGACGAUUUUUCCAUGACUUGUUUCUGUACAGGUUGUUUUCCAUGAACAAAGUUUUCGUCCGAAAAGUUCGGUUGGUAUCAGCUCGAUUAACGCGGGUGAACAAGCCGAGCUGAGUUGGUCUAAUUACACUUUUAAUUGGAUUGCAAAUUGUUGCCCGUCCAAGAAGAUUUCCACUGGAAAAAAAAGCAAACAAAAAAUUGUACACGAUAUACAAUUUUACUGGAAUGACUUUCUUCCCCAUUAUGUAGUUAACUACCACAGUCUUUAAGUUUUCCUCACGUUGUCUUUUGUUUUGUAUCCUAUUCAAGGCUAACAGUGGUACCCAGAUGUGGUUCCGUACUUACAUGUGGGGAAUAAUAUAUCUAAGGUAAGGAAAACACAAACACACACACACACACUAGACGGCCUAGACGUAUCAAUUGGUGGAGUGGAUAUUCCGCUAUUUUUAAAAAAAACUCUCUUAAUACUUUUGCUGAAAGCAUAUUGGUUUUUUGAGCUUGUUACUGUUAAGAGAAUAAACGCCUCUCUCUUUUAAACGCACCCUCUUGGACCCCUAAAAUUAAAUAGACGCUCCGGGCGUUUAUUAAAUCGUUAGGGAGCUUAAGCAACAACGACGGCGACGGCUACGGAAACGUCUGUUUAAAACCUUGUUCGCGCUGCUUCAAACUUAAUUGCGCAUGUCGUUCAAUUCGUCAAAUGUUGGAGAAAUUUUCUGGAGUUGAAUUCUAAAGGACUGUAUCAAAGUUCAGAAAAGGAGCAAGAGGGUCGUUGUCUUGUGUUGACGUCCUCCACAAAACGUGAAAUAAGACAAUUUCACGUCGUAGUCUCGCAACGACGGCAAAGAAAUGUACAGAAAAGCGUGGUGCACGUGCAAAGUUGUUGUUUUGGCGAUCUACACCUAUUGUGUUUUUGCCGUUCUCGUUGCCGUCGCCGCUGUCGUUGCUUAAACUCCCUAUUUACGAUACUGCUGCCUCCUUUUUACAUGGUAUGGUAAUCCAUCGUAUAGUCACUCUUGAAGUGUUCACUCAUGAAGCAGGCAUGCGAGGAGAUGAGGGGUCCAGUUGUUCAAAAGGUGGAUAAUUCUAUCCACCGGAUAAAUCUCUAUCUAGUGGAUAAGGCAAUUGGUUGUGGAUAACGUUAUCCACCGGAUAAAUCUCCAUCCAGUGGAUUAUGCAGUUGGUUUCCCUAAUACCUCUCCGCUGAACGGGGAUUUAUCCGAUGUAUAGCGCGAUCCACCGGAUAAAUCACUAUCCAGUGGAUCACGCAGUUGGUUUCCCCAAUACUUCUCCGCCGGAUAGUGAUUUGUCCGGUCGUUAACAUUAUCCACCGGAUAAAUCACUAUCCAGUGGAUCACGCAAUUGGUUUUUCUAACACUUAUCCGUUGGAUAGUGACUUAUCCGGUAGAUACAUUAUCCACCGGAUAAAUCUCUAUCCAGUGGAUAGCACAAUUGGUUUCCCUAAUACUUCUCCACUGGAUAGUGAUUUUUUCCGGUGGAUAGCGCUACUCAGCGUCUUGAAAAACCGGGGCCAGAAAAUACUGAAACCGCGGCCUAUUUUAUUUAUUUUUAUUUUUUUGCAGGAACAUUGAUCCACCAAUUUGGUACGACACAGAUGUCAAACUCUUUGAAAUUCAGCGAGUGUAGAGAUCAUGAGCAAGAGCAAUGAAGGAGAAAAAUACUCAACGAGGAAAACUAAAGUCGCUAAUGGUUUUACGAAAAAUGAAAAUUAAUUGCAUUCUAAGCGGACUGGUGUGGGUUCGUUUGAAUAUUAAUGUUUGGACAUUUUGUUUAUGUUCAGGAACCACACGAAGGUCUACAAAGUACAUAUUAUUAAACCAGCAGGAAACAGGCGUAAAAUGUGAAAUAUUUAUUAAGUGAAGUAACCUUGUCGUUACAAUGUAAUACGUAAUCACUGUAUUUAUAACCGUUGUAUCCAAUGACAUUUAAUUGGCUCUUGAAAUAGUGCACUUUGGUUAGUCGGUUAUGCAAGUAAGAACCUGCAGAUUCUUAUAUAAGUGGUAAUUAGCAUAAAUUUUGCCUAUUUGGGUUCUUGAAUAGGGUGUUAUUUUCUGAAGAAAAAAAAAAACAUUUUAGCUAAAAUUAUUUAGCGGUAUUCAGCUUAUUCCUUAUGUAAAAUCUGCUUACCAUUACAUUGCAGUUUUGAGUCAUAAGGCAUCUAUGUCUUCAAAGGGGGUCCUCAAUGUUGACUUAUCUUAUGCCUAAGUGUACAGAAUUUUUUUUUCAUAGAUUUAGAAAAUAAGAAACUGUUUAACAUUUUAUGCUGAGCAGGUUCUUGUAUUGAAGGGACCUAACUGGCAAAUUUUGGCCCGAUAGGUUCUUAAAAACCAGGUUCUCAUUCGCGGAUUUUUCUGUAUUUUGAAUGCGCUUUGUUCAGUUCGUUAUGUCCUAUGUGUCUUGAUGUUACUGGUAACCUGCAAUUAGGCUUCCGCGGAAAUGACGAAACAAAAUUUAAGGCGCCAAAAAAAUAAGAGUAUAUGAGAGCGUCAUUGCAUUAAAAAUACUUCAUAUAAAAUGUCUCCUAUAAACGAGAUUAAAGGGACUGGUUCACGGUUAAGCGCAUACUCAUUAAUUAAAUUACUUCUUUCCAAUUUAUUAUUAAAUCUAUCGGUUAAUAAUCCCACUCACAUGUAUCUCAGCGAUCUCAGAGUGUAUUUCAAUGUAAAAUUGUAUUCAGAGUAACCUGAAGGGGGAUGGAGGAGUACUAAAAUCGUAGAAAGAAUUAGUGGAUUAUGCCAACACUACCAACCUUGAAUUUACUGUUGACCCGAAGGUUUUAUUCCACGGUUGAUUAAUUUACAGCUGUCUGCAAAUAUUUAAGUUGAUCAAGUGCAAGUGACUGCCAUGGGAGUGUGCAGAUUGGUUCUUUGACAACAUUAUGACGUGAUCAUAUUGCUUGCGUAGACGAUACAGCAUGUCCCGGCAGAAAUACAGCAUUUUGAUAACUGAGCAUACGCUGAACCGUGAACCUGUCUCGUCUGAUGACGUAGUUGUAAUCUAUCAGGUUAAAAACUCUUCUGCCCGAACAUUGCUUUUAAAAAUAUUCGUAAUACAGUUGUAGCAAUUUUACUCUUUGAAUUUGAUUGUUAGGCCUCGGUUCAAAUAUUGGCUUUCGCAUCUGCCGAAUAUAAAAAUUCAUUUGCACCGGGUCUCAUCUCAGCUUCGACGAUGAAAUUUAUUAAUAUCACAGUGAGGUAUUCAUAUGUGUAGUCAAAAGGUGACGUGAAAUUAUUCCCCAAUUUCACGAGUGUGCCAUUUACCAAAUACAAUGGGUGACAAAUUACGCUUACAGUCGUAGGUUUUUGCCAUGUGUAUUGCAUUGAUGGAAAAGUCCACGCUCUGAAACGUUAAUUGCAUAAAUUUUGGCAAGUUCAUAAUUUUCAGAAUUUUUAUUCAAAAUACCUAGAUAGAAUUACUUUGAUGUGCUCUUUUGUUUGUUUAGAUUUUUCAAAGCGUCUU